AUGACAGACUCUACAUUAAACGAAACAUCAAGUGUAUUUGAAGAUGUAAUGUCAAUCAUAAAGGAGGCAGUGGAUGCCUCUAUUCAAAAUGCAGUCUAUCAACACAAUAAAGUACCCCAAUGGACAUCAGCUGUUAUCGAAUAUACUCUUAAAAAGCUUCAAGAAACAAACUCUUCCUCUUCUUCAUCACCAUCAUCAUCAUCAUCAUUUAAAUAUAUUGGUAUGUCUCAAAUAUUAAAUAAUCAAGCGACAAGCGAUUAUGGGAAAACAAAUCAAUGUAUUGUAUAG